UCUGGCCUUUGUCCCUUGAACUCCAUGCCAACCUACUCUCGGCCUGCCAGUCGUACUCUGUGUGGCCAGCACACCAAGAUUGAGGGCGUUGCCCGUUCAUCCACGUCAUUGGUGCAGCCAGUGUCUCUCUUCCCACUGCCCACGUCGCCCAGUUCCGUCAGUGGCACUCCACUGUAUAGAAGCAUCGGCCGCGACCUUCCAGAAGUCUACAACUUCAGAGCCCUGCCAGCACCGCAAGUGGCAGCGUAUGACUGCCACUUGUAGCAUCACCGUCACAUCUCACGCACGCUCCUCGCCAGCCAUCAGCCCAAGUCAGUGGGAUACAGUGUCAGCUCCGACCGAUCAUGGACGACAUUUCGGCGUCGCGCUCUCCAAAGCGGAAACGUGCAGACCUCGUGCAUGAGCCACGCAGCCUCCCUCAUGACCCUCAGCUAUUGCACAAGACCAUUUUCUCGUUCGAGGUCCCAAGCAGCAGUCCUGUCGACAUCAACAGUGACGAUGGCAGUUCCAGCCCAAGGACAAAAGUCGCUCUUACGCUCAGCCACCUCGAUCUCGAGGACGGGCGUCAGGGGACCACCCCAACAAGCGGAAGUGGGGUAAUCCCAGCGCUCCAGUUAGCCGAUGGCACCAGCAACGCCAACUACACUAUCGUGAGGGCGACGGACCAAGGUCACGAGACACUAUCUGCAUCGUCGCCACAACCAACGUCAGGCGCUGGCGACAGACCAGAACAUGCUACAACUUCAGCAGUCUUCAUGUUUGACGGGCCGGAACCCACAGAUAGCAACCACGACAUGCUUGCCGACGAUGACUUGUCCAUCGCACGGAAGCGCUUGAAGCUUCCCGACCCAGGAUCCGGCACGGAUUUGAGCCCAGGCCCUCGAGGAGAAGCCAGUGCAAUUGCUGCAGAGCCCAUCAAAGAUGUCGUCUCGGAGAAUAUUGUGCUCGAGGCCACAAUUGAUGACAAGGUCAUCAAGUCGCCAAGCAGCAUCGGGCAUGGCUCACUAAAAAAGUCAUACCCGUCCAUCAACCGUUUAUCCGACUCAAAGUCACGCAGUCGAAAAAAGCUGCCUACUUCGCCGCUAUCAAAAUAUAAGCAACCUGGCUUAUCAUCCGCCACCAAGUCAUUCAGAGACGACGAACCAGUUGUCGUUGACCCGGUUCGUGCUGCCCUGACAUGGCAGGAGGACGAGAUCACCAUAUAUGACCCCGAGGACAAGGACGACGACGGGACCGGUAUCAAUGGCAUCGGAUUCAAGCCCUCUGCCGCCGUCGCGCAUCAGCGUGCACAGAAGCGUCGGCAGCAACUCGCGGAGUACAAGAAGCGCGAAGAGAGCGAAGCUCGUGCACGGCGGAAUCAGCGUCGCAGGGAGCACCUCGGGGCUCCGCCAGUCGAGCGGAAGCACUCGGUGGUGCGCGUACACUUCUCUGACGCCGAGCCAAGCACCGUUAUCAUGACCUGAGAAGUCAAUAGCAGCUAGUCGUCACCGAUUGAGCUCUGCACUUCUGCCAUUGGAGAUCAAUACUGUUUCUGGCACUUGUCUUUUUGCAGUUUCCGGAAGUUUGGCGUUUAUGCUUGGAGUGAGAAAUUCUAACUCACUGACAGUAUCCGAAAGAGCUCGACCACGUCACAUCACUUCGGCCAAUUCUUUGUCACAUUUUGACCAGAUA